UCUUCAGAGAAAGUACUCCAAGAAGAGAGAGAGAGAGAUGGAUCCUAGGUUGAGCUACCUUCGCUUCGUCCAUGGCUGCGUUCUGCUGCUGCUUCUGUGUUCUUCUUCUGAAAGAGCAGGUGCUCAGGCUCAGCAGCAGCCGCCACCGCAGACUGAUCCGACCGAAGCGGCGGCGCUGGGCGCGAUGAUGGCGAGGCUGGGGCUGAGCGCGCCGGCGUCGUGGAACGUCAGCGGCGAGCCGUGCAGCGGCGCGGCGACGGACGACACGCCGCUGGACGACAACCCGGCCUUCAACCCGGCCAUCAAGUGCGACUGCUCCCACCUCAACAACACGCUCUGCCACAUCACUAGACUGAAGAUCAACACGCUGGAUGUGGUCGGCCCGAUCCCAGAAGAGCUCAGGAACCUCACUCACCUCGUCAAGCUGGACUUCAGAAAGAACUACUUCACCGGGCCAUUGCCAGCGUUCAUUGGAGAACUGACUUCUCUGAAGUACAUUACUGUGGGCAUCAAUGCCUUGUCAGGACCUAUCCCCAAGGAGCUCGGCAAUCUUACUAAUCUUGUAUCGCUGGCAUUAGGCUCAAAUAACUUUAACGGAUCACUCCCUGAUGAGCUGGGUAAAUUGACAAAGCUUCAACAACUGUACAUCGAUAGUAAUGACUUCAGUGGUCCUCUACCAGCGACUUUAUCACAGCUUGCGAACUUGUCCACCUUGUGGGCAUCAGACAAUAAUUUCACGGGGAAAAUACCUGAUUAUCUUGGGAGCUUGACCAACCUAACCCAACUGAGGCUCCAAGGGAACUCUUUUCAAGGUCCUAUUCCUAGAAGCUUUUAUAAUCUUGUCAAGUUGAAAAGCUUAAGAAUAGGCGAUAUAGUAAAUGGAAGCUCUUCACUGGCGUUCAUUGGAAAUAUGACAUCUUUGGGUGAUCUAGUCCUGAGAAACAGCAAGAUUUCUGAUUCACUUUCAUCGGUGGACUUCUCCAAAUUUGGAAGUUUAAAUCUACUGGAUUUGAGUUUCAACAAUAUCACAGGUCAAAUUCCUCAGUCAAUCUUGAAUCUUCCUUUUCUUUCUUUUCUAUUUCUUGGGAAUAAUAGCCUUUCAGGAAGUCUGCCAGCCACGAAAAGCCCUCUGCUUACCAAUUUAGAUUUUUCAUACAACUACCUCUCAGGAAACUUUCCCUCUUGGGCUACCCAGAAAGAUUUGCAACUGAAUGUGGUGGCAAAUAACUUUGUGAUCAAUGGCUCUGAUAUCAGUGCUUUGCCAUGGGGAUUGAAUUGUCUUCAGCGGAAUACCCUCUGUUUCCUCGGUUCUCCAAAGUCUGCCUCCUUCGCGGUGGACUGUGGUGGUAGUAGAACCAUAUCAGGCUCAGAUAAUGCGAUGUAUCAGGCUGAUAAUGCAAAUCUUGGUGCUGCUUCAUACUAUGUGGCUGGCGCACCUACAUGGGGUGUUAGCACGACUGGACGAUUCAUGGAUCCACCCAAUGGAAGUUAUAUAAUCUACAGUUCACGUCAGUUCGAUAAUACACUAGAUUCUGGACUUUUCCAAACGGCAAGGAUGUCACCGUCAUCUUUGAGAUACUAUGGCAUUGGUCUCGAGAAUGGAAACUACACAGUAACACUUCAAUUUGCCGAGGUUGACUUCCCUGACAUGCAGUCUUGGAGAAGCAGAGGUCGGAGGAUCUUCGAUAUCUAUGUUCAGGGGGAGCGCAAGGAGCAGAACUUUGACAUAAAAAAGGCCGCAGGAGGGAAAUCUUUCACUGUUGUUAAGAAGCAGUAUGUUGUCCCUGUGACAAAAAAUUUCCUUGAGAUUCAUCUCUUCUGGGCUGGCAAGGGUACUUGCUGCAUUCCUUCACAAGGCUACUAUGGGCCUGCAAUAUCAGCUUUGAGUGCUACUCCAAAUUUUAUCCCUACGGUGCGUAGCCCUGCUGACAAGAACAGGAGUAGAACUUCUGUGAUCAUUGGAGUUGUAGUUGGUGUUGCAGUUUGUGCAUUGGUUUCCCUUGCUGGACUCUUUAUAUGGAGGCAGAAAAGGAGAAAGCUAUUAUCAGAGUUAGAAGAGCUGUACAACAUAGUUGGUAAACCAAAUGUGUUCAGUUAUAGUGAGCUAAGAUCAGCUACAGAAAAUUUUAGUUCAAGUAACCUACUUGGUGAAGGAGGAUAUGGAUUAGUUCACAAGGGUAAGUUAAGUGAUGGAAGAAUGGUGGCAGUGAAGCAGCUCUGUCAAUCAUCUAAUCAGGGGAAAAAGCAAUUUGCCACAGAGAUAGAAACUAUAUCUCGAGUCCAGCACCGUAACCUCGUGGCAUUGUAUGGCUGCUGCCUAGAGAGCAAUGCUCCACUGUUAGUGUACGAGUAUCUGGAGAAUGGAAGCCUUGAUCAAGUGCUGUUUGGAAAGGGAAGCUUGAACCUAGAUUGGCCAACAAGGUUUGGGAUAUGCUUAGGCAUAGCAAGAGGUAUAGCUUAUCUUCAUGAGGAGUCUAGCGUCCGCAUUGUGCACAGGGACAUAAAGGCUAGUAAUAUCCUGCUAGAUGCUGAUCUCAACCCUAAGAUCUCGGAUUUUGGGCUUGCCAAGCUUUAUGAUAACAAGAAAACCCACGUCAGCACAAAAGUUGCCGGCACAUUUGGUUAUCUUGCACCUGAGUAUGCCAUGAGAGGCCAUAUGACUGAGAAGGUUGACGUCUUUGCAUUCGGUGUGGUCGCGUUGGAGACAGUUGCUGGUGAACCAAACUACCAGAAUACACUUGAGGAAGACAGAACCUACAUUUUUGAAAGGGUCUGGGAACUGUACGAAAACGGGCGUCCACUCGACUUCGUGGACCCAAAGCUCUCCGAAUUCAACGGCGAAGAGGUGAUGAGAGUCAUCCGCGUGUCGCUCCUCUGCACCCAGGGCUCCCCUCACAGACGGCCGUCGAUGUCGAAGGUGGUCUCCAUGCUCACCGGAGACGCCGGCAUAGCCGAAGACGCCACGAAGCCGAGCUACAUCACGGAGUGGCAGAUCAAGGUCGGGAGCUGCUGCCACCACACCACCGGCAGCAGCCAGGUCGGCUCGGCGUCGACGGAGCCGUCCUCCGGUGAGGCUCAGGCGAGUAGCCAGGGUGCAGGGGGAGGCAGCCCGCUGACGCCGCCACCGUUGUUCACCUCCAUCAUCGACGAGGGCAGGUGACAGAUGGCAUGACAAGCACAGGGCGAGAAGUGACUCUCACACGUGGAUGGAUCGGCAUUUCGGCUCAUCCGAAAGCCAAAAUUUAAAUUUUCAACGAAAAAAAUUAAAGUUAAUAGAUGUUUUAUCACAGUUUAUUUU